CAGUUUACCAUGCUUCCCUGAGAUUUAUUACAAAAUGCAAAGCCAUGACUCACCAUUGUGAGCUAUACUCUCGGGUAGGAUGGCCUGCUUUGGCAACCCAUCGACUUAGGAUGGCCUUUGUCCAGCGCCGCGGGCCGUUCCGAGUGCCCUGUUUGUUGGCAGCGCUUGCCGCUCUGACACUGUGCUCUGAGAUGGGAGUCGGCCCGAAGCCGCUGGCAGCCAGCACUGCCGCAUCGAAGAAGGCGCCGCAGUGGAAAGAAGAACAGACGGCGAACAGCGGCAGAGCAGAGCCCUUUGGACCGGGAUAUUUGGAGGAGGCGUUCGAGGAGCAGGGCUAUUACCUGCAGAGGCUGUUUCUGCAGUACGGGGACAACGGGACGCUGUCUUACGGGGGCCUGAAGAGGCUGCUGGGAAGUUUGGGACUCGGGGAGGUCAACGUGCUGCAGAUCAGCCAGCAGGGGCUGAAGCACAUCCCUCCCUCUUCCCAAAACCUGCACCCCCACGAUGGGCCCGCCGCUCCCCCCCACAUCCUGGAGAGCGGACGUAGCGGGGAGACGGGCUCAGAGUGGGGGGCAGAGGACACCGUCGGCCCUGCUGAGGUCUACCACAGGCCCGCCAGUGGAAAGGAGGGGCAAGAUCAUCUGGAGUUACCCAGAGCCCCCCAUCCCCAACCUGGGCAGACACACCCUGAGGGGCCCUCCUUUGAGCCGGAUCACCCGAUUAAGACCCACCUCCACGGGAACUGUUUAAAUGUCACUCAGCUCCUGUGGAAUUUUGGCCUGGGGAAAGCGUCCCACAUCACGCCCUCCCACUUCACCUUCCUGUGCCCCGCCCUCCUGUAUCAGAUUGAGAGCGGGGUCUGCCUGCGUCACCCUGAGGGGGAGGGGCUGGAGGCGGGAAAGAGUGGGUCUUUCCUCGUAGCACUGGGAUGGGGUUUCCUGGCCCUGGUGGUGAUCAGUCUGCCCUCCCUGCUGGCGCUGGCUCUGGUACCCCUGGUGCCUCCCGCCCGUCUCCAGACCCUGCUGUGCCCAAUGGCAGCCCUGGCGAUGGGCACGCUGUGCGGAGACGCCCUGCUGCACCUCCUGCCUCAUGCCAGAACUGGAUCUCACUCCGAGUCCGAGCAGAGGGACUCUGUGCUGAAAGGCGCCAGCGUGCUCGCAGGCCUUUACCUCUUCUUCUUGGUUGAAGGCACAAUGGGGCUGCAGCGCCACUUUAAGAGGAAGGUGAGGAAGACGAAGCAGGAUUCCCCCAGUGCACAGGGGGGAAGGGCACCAGAGAGGGAGCUGGAUGCUCUGCACGACGUGACCCUGAUAGAGUCAGCCCCGCCCCCUGAGCGGUUGAGCGUGGAGGAGCACGGACACGGGCACUCUCACGGUCCCCCGGGCCAGGGGCAUUCUGGGACGGGAAGCCUGGUGUGGAUGGUCGUCAUGGGGGAUGGGAUUCACAAUCUCACCGACGGCCUGGCAAUUGGAGUGGCUUUCUCUCAGGGUCUGGCUGGCGGUCUGAGCACCACUGUGGCCGUGUUCUGCCACGAACUCCCCCAUGAGCUGGGUGACCUGGCGCUGCUGCUGGGGGCGGGCUGGCCCGUGCGCAGGCUGCUGGUGUUCAGCGGGGCGUCGGCCGCGCUGGGACUGCUGGGCCUGCUGGCGGGCACCGUCCUGGGGCACCACUUCGCCGCGCUCUCCCCCUGGAUCCUGUCGCUCACCGCGGGGGUCUUCCUGUACGUGGCCCUGGUCGACAUGACGCCCGAGAUGCUGCACGGCGACCGGGGCCCCAUGCGGCCCCUGACCCGCUUCUUCCUGCAGAACCUGGGCCUGCUGACAGGGGGCGCCAUCAUGCUCUGCAUCGCCCUCUUCGAGGACAGCAUCGCCUUCAACCUGCGGGACGUCUGAUCCGGGAGGAGGGAGACCAGCAGCGCACAGCAGAGGCUUAGACUUAAAAAACUGAGGCCGAUUUAAAAAAAAAAAAGCAGUAGUGAAAAUGGUGAAGUACCCCAACGACCCAUCGCCAUCAGCUGAUUCUGAUUAAUAGGACACUAGGAGGGCACUGACAUCACUCUGCUACCUGUGUGGAGGUAUGGAGUGCCCUGCGGUGUUGGGCAGAAUUAUAGCCUGUGACUGGAGGGUGCGUCUCCUCUUCUGGGCUCAAUGUUGUGAACAUACUUGAGAUACAUGACAUUCAGCACUGACCUGCUGCCUGUUUGGCUGAAGAAUGGCUAGUUACUGAAGUCAUGACACUAACACGGUCCUCUCUGAAAAAAGCCUAACACACUACACUCCUACUCUCAUUCUGAAAAACCUUUAAGUUGGACCUGCAUAUUGUCACUAAUGAGAGAGGCCUAGCUUGGUUGCAGGAUUCAUGUAAAAACUAUGCAUAAGUGAUGGUACAUUCCAUUCACCAAUAAACCAAAUACACUGAGCAGCAUCAUAAUUCAAUGCCACGUUGCUGCUUGUGGACCUGUUUUUACAGCCAAACCCAAUGGGUCAAUUGCAAUGUCCUUAGCUCGAGUUUAAAACUCUACACCACAGAACUGCAUCACAACUGGAACAGUUGAUCCUUAUUUCACACACUGGAAUAGCUGUUCCAGCUGUAAUGCAAUUCUGUGGUCCAGAGGUUUAAACUCCAGCCGAACACACAGCAAUUUAUCCAAUGCAUCUCUACCUGCAAUCCAAUUUACAGGCUAAUAAAGCUCUUUAUUGUGGUUUUAAUGGAAUAAAAUGCAAAUAAAGUCAGAUGAUACUGCACACAGACGCUGUCAGGCAUCAAGUUUUUCCCUCUUUUCAGGAAGUAUCUGGGCUUUUACUAUGUGUAUUUAGGGCCACCCAUUCAUGUUGGUAGCUACUGAUCUGACUGAAGUCGAUGUGUUACCUGUGUACCCAUCUUAUUCAAAGACAGGUCAGACAAGAAUAUGAUUUCACCUUCACAGGUCUGACCUGAAAUAAAACUAUACUGAAGAAAAUAUAGAGGUAUUGAUAAUAAAAAUGGUCAUGCAUUUCACCUGUGAGUAAUAGUAUAGGAAGGCCUCACCAGUGGUGGGUCACAGGAAACACUGGUCAAAACGGUUGUGGGUGCGGAAUGUUCUGGAAACAGUUAGAUGGCCUGAUUUCAUCGUUCUAUGGUGUGUCUUGGGCAAACGGUGAAAUCAGAACAACCGAGAGCCACAGCUGCAGUGGUUAAGAAGUGCACAUACAGUACAUACGCUGUGUAGAGUAAGAGUCAGAGAGGCAGUGGGUAUUAAGCAAUAGCACUUUAUUUAAACAUAACCAAUUCUAAGCCACAAUACUGAAUGACAGGACUCAUUGGCUGUAGCACACACUGUAUAAAAGGGAUGGAGGUUGAAUGCCGAGGUUUAUACAGGUUUCUAUUAAUGUCAGAAAGACCGAUGCAGAAUAAUUUCUUUUUUUCCCCCCCUCAAAUCAUGAAUGUUUUUAAUAAUUCCUUUUUUUUUAAAUACAUGUAUGUAACAUCCUUUUGUAACAAAUAACCAUUUACUAGCUCACACAAUGAGUUAACAAGGCAAAGUGCUUUCAGGAUUGCAUUGUCACAUAAAUUCAUGAAUGGCUUGAGGACUGUUUUUGGGGAGAGGGGGAGGGAUCUCCUUUUACUCCAGGAAGAAAGGCAGAGAGAGAGAGAGAGAUGGGAGAGGGGUCCGCAAACAGCAGACCCCGCCCACACCGCCCCCUUCUCUCUCAAUCUCAACUUCAUGGUCGCUUGUAAAAGGAGGUGGGGGCGGGGAAGUUAAUGACAACGUUCUGAACUGAGGACUGGACUCGGUGUUUCUGAAGGCAUAAGGCUGGAUACGACAAAGUUCCCUUCAUGCACGUCACGUGCGCCCCCCCCUCCCCCCCCAAUCCACCAUCUUAAAUAAAAUCCAUUUGUUGCUUUUGUACCAAAGUCAGAUACACACAAACGCAUUCACACAGUGUCAUCGUUAUGAGAGCUGUAAACUUGUUUCGAGACUGUAUGGCUCAGCUGGAACGCAUAUACGCACACAUUUUACAACAUGAAGAUAAAUGAAGCUGAAAAAAAAAAAAACAUGGGUCGUCUUAAAUAAAA